AUGUUACCACAGCCCAAACCACCUCAUUCAGACCUAGGACCUAGAUCUGGCAAAUUGACAGCGACUCGACACAACUCGCUAUCCCAAUAUGAGCCAUCGCAAGCACUUGCAUUCGAACAAAUGUUCAUGUCUAACUUUAUUUCCUCAUUCGCACAUCCACUCCUAGGCGACGGCAAGCAUCAGUCAUGGAUGCAGUAUCUCCCCGCUUUUCUUUCCAACUGCGAUUUGGUUCGGCCUUCGAUACGUGCUACUACUUUGGCGUACUACGCAUACUGCGCACAUGAUCCAGCUAUUGAGAGGGAGGCUGAUCGAUGGUACAUGGUGGCGCUCUCGCGCCAGAGGGCAUGGCUGUCGGCGCGUUAUUCUCCGAAAGCGGGAACUGUGGACCAGGAUCUAAUCCCUACGGAUCAAGAGAUCUGUACUUCCAUGAUGCUAUUGUACUUUGAACUCAUCCAACCGACGGCAGUGGCGAGUUGGAUGAAACACUUCAGUGGUGCUUGCCGACUGAUGGAGCUCCGAAGACCAAUGAACUGCCGGACGGCUAUCUCGAAACUCCUGCUGCAGAGCUUGAGAGUUCUGAAUGUUCGCCACUCUAUCAAAUUCCGGAUACCAAGUCCGUUGGCCUCCGUCGAUUGGUAUGAAGCUAUUCAGGCGCAAGACGGCACGGGUUCCGAGGGCGAAAUUCUCGACAUCUUGCUUGCUCUGCCAACCUAUCUCUCCGCUACAAGCAACCGCUUCAUGGAAUCGAGCGGUGUCACUGGCCAUGGGACCACUUCGCUGGCGGAGAAGUCGAGAUUGGUCAAUCUCAUUGAACGGUUUAAUCAAUAUGACCGCCGAUAUUUCAAAGAGUGUGACGAAAGUCUAGCACUUUCCAGGGACUCCGAUGCGGCUAAGCCACGACUCCCAGAAUCAAACAGACGCAAAACGCAAUGGUCCGACAAUGGCGGCGGAGACUUCUGCAAUUUUGACAUUGAAACGAUGCUCGAUUCCGCAAUGGUUAUUAUAGCGCAUUUGAUCCUGUCACAAUACGACGCUUGGUCUCCAGUCGAGAAAAUAUCUUUCCUGAACGAGCAAGACCGACGUUCGACUUCCAUACUUCAGAAUGCAGCCCGGACUCUCGAGGAAAACCCAGAGGGCCUCAACCCCGGUGCUUGUCUGCAAUUUGUGUUCCCCUUGGAAGCUGUGGCUACUUUCAGCUGCGAUGCUACAAAAAGGGACGCUGCACAAGAUGUGCUUGAUCGAAUAGGGUGGGCAAGGCUGUGA